CACUGGGUUGAAAAUAAGUGAUGAACACAGGUUCUAUUUUGGUUUUAUCGGCUUGAAUAUUGAUGAGGGAGCAGUUUAAAUGAGCACUUUGAAGCCCCCACACUCCUGUAAGUCAUUGUGAUUAAUGGCUGGACGCAACCUCCCAUUGGCUGGACGCAACCUCCCAUUGGCUGAACGCAACAGGACACAACCUCCCAUUGGCUGGACGCAUCCCUCCAUUGGCUGGACGCAUCCUCUCAUUGGCUGGACGCAACCUCCCAUUGGCUGGACGCAUCCUCCCAUUGGCUGGACGCAUCCUCCCAUUGGCUGGACGCAACCUCCGAUUGGCUGGACGCAACCUCCCAUUGGCUGGACGCAACCUCCCAUUGGCUGGAUGCAAACUUCCCAUUGGCUGGACGCAAACUUCCCAUUGGCUGGACGCAUCCUCUCAUUGGCUGGACGCAACCUCCCAUUGGCUGGACGCAUCCUCCCAUUGGCUGGACGCAAAGUUCCCAUUGGCUGGACGCAACCUCCCAUUGGCUGGACGCAAACUUCCCAUUGGCUGGACGCAAACUUCCCAUUGGCAUGGACGCAUCCUCCCAUUGGCAUGGACACAUCCUCCCAUUGGCUGGACGCAAACUUCCCAUUGGCUGGACGCAAACUUCCCAUUGGCUGGACGCAAACUUCCCAUUGGCAUGGACGCAUCCUCCCAUUGGCAUGGACACAUCCUCCCAUUGGCUGGAUGCAAACUUCCCAUUGGCAUGGAUGCAUCCUCCCAUUGGCUGGACGCAUCCUCCCAUUGGCUGGACGCAUCCUCCCAUUGGCUGGACGCAUCCUCCCAUUGGUUGGACGCAUCCUCUCAUUGGCUGGACGCAUCCUCCCAUUGGCUGGACGCAAACUUCCCAUUGGCAUGGUCGCAUCCUCCCAUUGGCUGGACGCAUCCUCCCAUUGGCUGGACGCAACCUCCCAUUGGCAUGGUCGCAACCUCCCAUUGGCUGGUCGCAUCUGGGUUGCUUGCGGUGUCCGUGGCUUUGUAUACCUGGCUAACAUUUUAGGAAUACCUUAUAUGGAGGAAAAAGUCCCUCCCCCAUGUGACAGUGUGUAAGCUUGGACAUUGGCCAGCAAUGCCUGAGCCUGGAAUAGGAGGAUAAGGUCACAUGAGCGCCCCCUCCCCCCCCAUACUCAGGAGUAUGUGUUUUUUUUUUCUCUAACUGAUUAACAGAGUAACAUAGUGAUGUAUCAAGAGAACCUGUCACGUCAUCUUGAAUCAGCAAAGUGACAGGUUCUCUAAAAAAUACCUGUGACUUUUGAGGGCCCCCAUGGGCUCUGUGGGGCAUUUACUGAGCAGGACACAUCAUUGAAGUAUAAUUCCAGCUGACAACUGUAACAAAUAGGAAUAAUGACUGGCUGGGGUUCGGGAUGCUUGUACAGGCUUUUGAAGUAUCCAUCAUCCUACCAGGGAAGCCGUCUGCAUGGGAUCCGAUGUGUACACCCAGCACUGAGCGCUAGUCACUCCUCUUCCCUCCAGGACCAGGGAUACUUCAAGAGUCUGUACAAGAGUACGGAACAUUAUAGAUAACACAUCUACUGAUUUCCCAGCCAUCGGAUAUUGGAAAAUUGUAUCCAGUAAUUACCGUUCUUUUCCUUUCCUGGCACUGAUCCGUGGCAUCGUACUGCCACAUGUGCCACAUGUUGGCGCCAGGAUGACGCGUUUGUCGGGUGGAGUUACACUUCCUUCAGUCUAAGGCACAUAACCAAUCCGAAUGUUUACCAUGAAGAUUUUCUACCAGUUAUUUUGUAUCGAUUUGUAUAAUAAAAUAUCUCAAAGUUUA